AUGGCGGUCCGUGCAUCAUUCGAGAACAGCAACGAAGUCGGCGUCUUCGCCUCCCUCACCAACGCCUACGCCCUCGUCGCCGUCGGCGCGUCCGAAAACUUCUACUCCAUCUUCGAAGCCGAGCUGCAAGACGUCAUCCCCAUCUGCCACUGCACCAUCGCCGGCACGCGCAUCGUCGGCCGCCUGACCGCGGGGAACCGCAAAGGCUUGCUCGUCCCUACUACGACUACGGACCAGGAGCUGCAGCAUUUGCGAAAUUCCAUCCCGGACGAGGUGAAGAUACAAAGGAUCGAGGAGCGGUUGUCAGCGCUGGGGAAUGUCAUCUGCGCGAACGAUCAUGUGGCGCUCGUGCACCCGGAUCUAGAGCGGGAGAGCGAGGAGAUAAUCGCAGACGUGCUGGGUGUGGAGGUGUUCAGACAGACGAUUGCGGAUAACGUGCUCACGGGGUCGUACAUGGCGCUGUCGAACCAGGGCGGGAUCGUGCAUCCGAAGACCUCGAUACAGGACCAGGACGAGCUGUCGAGUCUGCUGCAGGUGCCGCUGGUGGCCGGGAGUGUGAAUCGCGGGAGUCCCGUGGUGGGCGCGGGGAUGGUGGUGAAUGACUGGAUGGCGGUGACGGGGUUGGACACGACGGCCACGGAGCUGAGUGUGAUUGAGUCGGUGUUUAAGCUUGGGGAGGGCAGUGGGCCGGGGGCGAUCAAUACGACGAAUAAGGAGACGAUGGUUGAGUCGUUCUACUGA